AUGUCUAAUCAAAAGGAAAAUAAAAAAAAAAGAGCUACAGAACCCGUUGUUAAAAGAGUCCCAAAUUAUGAAGUAUCUGAAUUGGCAUUCCUUUUGGAAAUAUCAAACGAACCAACUUCAAGCACUACCACUAAUGAUUUAAUCGCCAAGAUUGAAAAAGAUUCCAUGGCACCAUAUUAUAAAUAUUUAAAAGAAGAGAAAAAGGUGACUGCAUUGGUAUGGGAUGAAAAACUAUAUUCUAAAAUGCUUGAAGAAAAUGCAAACAAGAUUGAAGAGUUGAGGAAAAUUAUAGCUAAAAUAGAAGAGGACGAUGAGGGUGAAUUAGAAAGAGCCCAAUCUUGGGUUAAUUUGGGCGAGUAUUAUGCUCAGAUUGGUGAUUUUGAUAAUGCAAUUGAAGUUUUAACUAAAGCUAUGGAUGUUGCCGUCAGUUCUGGUGCCAAAAUUGAUAUCAUGUUGACGAUAACGAGAUUAGGAUUUUUCUAUAAUGACCAAAACUUUGUUAAAAACAAAUUGGAACAAGUUAAUGGAUUAAUUGAAAAAGGCGGUGACUGGGAAAGAAGAAAUAGAUACAAAACUUACAAAGGUAUUCAUUGCUUAGCGACUAGAAACUUUAAGGAGGCUUCUCAGUUGUUGGUUGAUUCUUUAGCCACUUUCACCUCAUUAGAGCUAACUUCUUAUGAAAACAUUGCCACCUACGCAUCUGUUGCCGGCCUUUUUUCCCUAGAUAGAACUGACUUAAAUGUCAAAAUUAUCAACUCACCAGAAAUUUUAUCUAUGCUAAACACUACACCAGCUUUACAAUCCAUAUCAUCAUUAACCAUUUCCUUAUAUACUUCUGACUACCAAAGUUAUUUCCCCUUUUUAUUGGAAACUUAUGAUAAUGUUUUAAUACCAUGUAAAUAUUUAAACAAACAUGCGGAUUAUUUCAUUAGGGAAAUGAGAAGAAAGGUAUAUGCACAACUAUUAGAGUCAUAUAAAACAUUAUCUUUGAAGUCCAUGGCCCAAUCUUUUGGAGUUUCCGUUGAGUUUUUGGACAACGACUUAUGUAAGUUCAUUCCUAAUAAACAAUUGAGCUGCGUUAUUGAUAGAGUCAAUGGGGUUGUAGAAACUAACAGACCAGAUAAUAAAAACGCUCAGUAUCAUACUUUAAUCAAACAGGGAGACAGUUUAUUAACUAAGUUGCAAAAAUAUACUGCUGCUGUUAGAUUAACCGGUGAUAAUGUAGCAACUAAAGUUGUUACUGGUGGUGUGGCUAAUAACUGA